AUGCCUAGUCUCGAAGAGCAGCCCCCUUUCAAGGUUCUCAUUAUCGGAGGGUCUUAUUCUGGGUUGGCCGCAACUCUGAACCUUGUUGACCUGUGUCAUGGCCGGAAAUGUCGAUUCAAUCUGGACGAGAACGAACAGGGCCCAGGAAACACGAUUCCUGUGCAAGUAACUAUCGUGGAUGAGCGCGACGGUUUUUACCACCUAAUCGGACUGCCUUUAGCCAUAGCCUCCAACCCCGAUGCUAGCACAUUUUGGAAAAAGUUUGAUGAUAUUACCGCUCUCCAGUCCCCGGAUAUCAACCACAUCCAAGGGCGAGUGGACUCGAUAGACUGCAAGUCCCGAAUUGCGCGGAUCCUUCAAAAUACUGCGAAUGAUGGGCACCGGAUUAUCGAAGAGACAUACGACUACAUGAUUGCGUGCUCGGGCUUGCGAAGAGAGUGGCCUAGUGCGCCCAAGUCUUUGACUCGGGAGGCAUAUAUUGCCGAAACUGCAGACUCUGUGCGGACUAUUGAGAAAGCCGCGGAAGGUGUGGUUGUUAUUGGAGGCGGUGCUGUCGGUAUCGAGAUCGCCGCCGAGAUGAAGAUGCUCCGACCUCAGACAAAGGUGACACUCGUUCACUCCCGACAACAGCUGCUCUCCUCCGAAGAUCUCCCGGAUGAGUUUAAAGACAAGACUCUUGAAAUACUGAGAGAGUCUAAGGUCGAAGUUGUGUUAGGAGCACGCGUCCAGGACACGGUGCUUGAUAGCGACUCGUCUCCGGCGAAGUACACGCUCAAACUUUCUGACGGUCGAGAGCUUAUUGCGGACCAUGUGAUCAACGCAGUGUCACGAUUUGCACCAACUUCCUCAUACCUUCCUAAGUCUGCGUGUGACGCCGAGGGAUAUGUCCGUAUCACGCCCAAUCUUCAGUUUUCAGCAGAUGUGCCCAAUAAGGAGUGUCACUAUGCUGCCGGCGAUAUUGCCUCAUGGUCAGGUAUCAAGCGUGGCGGAGCAGCGAUGCACCAGGCGCACUUCGCAGCUUUCAAUAUCCACCAGCAGAUGUUAGCGAGGCGGUACAAUACAGAACCCAAGUUCGUCGAGCUAGUUGAGGUAGCCCCAAUGAUGGCUUUGGCUCUUGGACGUACGGCUGUGGGCUACUUUCCAGCCAUGGGGCUAUCCUCCGGUGACGAGAUCCGUGAUAUGUUUUUCAAUGAUGACCUAGGAUAUCAAAUUUGCUGGAAAUGGAUGCGCUUGGGAGAAGUAACGGAGUAA